CUCAACCACACCCAUCUAUCUCAGCCACGCAACACCAAAGCAUCCAUUCAUCCACAAAUCCAUCAAAUCAUCCAUUCCAACUAUCGAAAUGGCUCGUACCAAGCAGACUGCCCGUAAGUCCACUGGUGGCAAGGCCCCGCGUAAGCAGCUCGCCUCCAAGGCCGCUCGCAAGUCGGCCCCGUCGACCGGAGGUGUCAAGAAGCCUCACCGAUAUAAGCCUGGUACCGUCGCUCUUCGUGAGAUCCGUCGCUACCAGAAGUCGACCGAGCUCCUCAUCCGCAAGCUCCCCUUCCAGCGUCUCGUCCGUGAGAUCGCCCAAGACUUCAAGAGCGACCUCCGCUUCCAAUCUUCCGCCAUCGGUGCUUUGCAGGAGUCCGUCGAGGCUUACCUCGUCUCGCUCUUCGAGGACACCAACCUUUGCGCCAUCCACGCCAAGCGUGUCACCAUCCAGUCCAAGGACAUCCAGCUUGCGCGCCGCCUUCGUGGUGAACGCUCUUAAGCGACUUCUCUUUCCUGGGUGAACAGUCAAAUGGCUAUGGCGAUAUGGGGAUGAGGGUUC